AUGUCUUCUUCAAUUAUAAGUACUUGGUAUUCAUUUACUGCCUGUUGCUUUCCUAGUCCAAUCAUUCAAUUAAAUAGAAGAGUUUUUAAAGUUAUAAAAUUAUUAGGCGAAGGAGGAUUUUCGUUUGUUUAUUUAGUAGAGGAUACUAGUACACGCAAGUUAUAUGCGCUAAAGAAGAUUAGAUGUCCAUUUGGAAGUGAGAAUGUUAAAGAUGCAAUGAAAGAAGUUGAGAUGUAUAAAUUAUUUCAACAUGAAAACAUUAUAAAAGUUGUCGAUACUUGCAUUGUUAAAGAUAAGGAUGGAAGUAGAAUUGUGUAUAUAUUUUUACCUUAUUACAAAAAUGGCAAUUUACAAGAUCUAAUAAAUAAAAAUUUAACAAAUGGAACAAGUUUUUCUGAAAAAGAAAUAUUAAAAUUGUUUCGAGGAAUUUGUUACGCAGUUCAUAUUAAACCUGGGAAUAUUUUGUUAUCUGAUGAUGACUUACCAAUUUUGAUGGAUUUUGGAUCUUUAGUUCGUGCGCGUAUAAAAAUAACCACUCGUUCCCAAGCAUUAUUACAAAAAGAAUUGGCAGAACAACAUUCUACUAUGCCUUACAGAGCACCCGAAUUAUUUGACGUUAAAACAAAUACCGAAUUAAAUGAAAAAGUUGAUAUUUGGUCAUUGGGAUGUACACUUUAUGCAAUGGCAUAUGGUGAAUCACCAUUUGAAACUAGUAUUAACGAAGGAGAUAUUCAGAAGGAUUGA